AUGAAGUGGGUCGUCGAAUCGUCUUUGGUGGCUGUCACCCGGCGGAGCGGAAAAACGGCGACUUUGCGGCUCUCCGGCGGCUGUCACCCGACGGAGAGGAGCUGGAUAGAGGUGAGGCGCGUGUUAGGGAGCUUCAUCCUCAAGUCCACGCAGCAAGAGGAGGCUCUUCAUCGCAUCUGGUAUGCUCUCAGGAGGUGGCGACUGGUCUCUCGGCAGAUCGUCCUCUUCCCGACAACGGCUUGUUCGUCGAUCAAUCGGAGAUGAUUUACUCAAUGGAUUUGCGAUCCUUUUAUUGCGAAUCGUUCAGCAAUUUUAGUAGCAAUGCUCUGCGAAUCGCGUUGACGAGAUUUUCGCCGAUGAUCCAGCGAUUCUCGUUGCUUAAUCCUUCACCAGCGAUCUGUAGGAAAGUCAUGAUAAUCAGAUAAAAAUAUAUGAAUUUUGACUCUGGGAGGAUUCGAACCCGCACCGGUUGCCCCCGCCUCUUCUGAGGAAGGUGUGCGGGGGUUUAGUCCCACAUCAGUUUUACGUUGAGUUUUCGGGCGAAUAUAUAGUAAUGUUAGGUUUCUGAGCAAAGUCACUUCUCUCGCGUGUACGACCACUCCUUGCCCCAUAGCCGGCUGGCCAACGGUGACGUGGAAGGGGGGUGGUGAAUGCGCAUGCCCUGUCGGUCCCCAAGCCAAGCCGCUCGAGCCCCUGCUCGCGGCUUACUCCCCGACUGCGCUUCCGACCCACUUGCGGGCCCGACUGGUCAGCAGAUUCCCCCAUUUUUGCAAUAUUUUUAUUUUUAUUUGUUCUUCAUUUAUCUCAAAAGUAAGACUGUAAAAAUCGUAUAAAAUCACAUAAUUACCCAAAAAUUCACAUUAAUCAAUUGAAAACCAAAAAUCAUUCUUUAACACAAAUAUAAGUCUAUUUAUCAUGAGUUAAGGCUAAAACUAUAUUAUUUACUAAUUAUUAACUCAUGAUAAUGAAGACUUAUCACUCCUCUUGCUAUGCGGACCUGAGGAUAAAGCUCCCUAACACGUGCCCCACUUCCAUCCAGCUCUUCUCUAUCAGGUGACAGUCACUAGAGAGCCGCAAAGUCACUAUUUUUCCGCUCUAUCGGGUGACAGCCACCAAAGACAAUUCAACAAUCCAUUUCAUUAAUCUCUAGACUUUGCAAGGAGAUCUAGAGAUUGCCCACGUCAUCUUUGUCCAAUGAGAGCCUUUAAGAUGGUGGACAUUGCAUGACAAUCCUCCUGAAUGCUCAAGAUUCUAAUACAUUGCCGACACAUCGCCGUCAUGAUGCCGGAACUCUGUUUUCCUAUUUUCAACUUACUUUACGCUUCAUUUAGUGAUAAUUUUUGUGAUUUUAAUUUACCAAAAUAUACUUUAUUCAAUUACGAUUUUUCUAGCUUUUACAAAUCUUAAUUUGAUUAAUUAAAUCAUCUAUAAUCGCUUAGGUAAGAAUCGUUGGGCGGAACUCUAUUUCUGUCUGAUUUGCAUUCACCGAGUGCUGACAUCAUUCUGAUGUCUGCACCCUUAUUUCUCUUUUUUUGUGAAUUUUAAAUAUAUUUUCUUUUCAUUUCCUAGUAUAAAAUUCAUAGAAAUUUGUAUUCAUUGAGAACAAUUCUAAAUAAUUACGAGAUAUUAUAUUACUUGGAAAAUUAGUACUAUUUUUUGGAAGUUUUUUAUUGAAUUAUAAUUGAUAUAUUUGUUCAGAAAUACUUCUAAAUAUCUGAAAAAUCAUAUUUUCUAAUUUUAUAAAUUUUAAAUUUACGUGACUUACUAUACAACGAUUGAGUCACGCACCCAUUUACACCCAAUGGUCCUUAUAGGGAACUUAACUAGUUCCCAUGUGUUAUUUUUAAUCAAUAUAUUCAUUUUUAUUUCCAUAGUCUUUUUCAUUCUACAUUAUUUAUAGCUUCAUUAAGUGUUGAUGGAAUGGGAAUGGGGCCUACCUUCAUAAGAAAUGAUGUGGACUAUAGAUAACUAAGGGAAGGAGAAAUAAUUUUGCAAUAGAUAAGUAAUAUUCUUACUGAUUUUUGAUGAACUAGCAAGUUUACUACAUUUUCUAUGGUUCUAAUGGAUGAUCUAGCAUAGUCUUAUGAGUUAAAUCAUCUACUGAAGUAGUGUGUGGUUUGUUUAUUUUUUCUUCUUAUAUAGGUCUGUCCAAAUCUAUUUUCUAUACUUAAUUUUUGUGAAUUUGACUCCCCCUCAUCAUAAGGAAGUAGAUAACUUCCUUGAGAUGUGGUCUUAUCACCCAUCAUCUCUAAAGUUGAAAGUUCUAAGGUCUCAUUAGUUUUAUAAUAAUUUUCACCUUCAUUGAAGUUGACAUCUCGAGUGACAUAAAAUUUCUUUGUUUUAUGGUCAUAAUAUUUAUACCAUUUCUCAAUUAUUGAGUAGCCCAAGAAUACACACUUAAGUGCCCCCAGGUCUAAUUUCUUGGUAUGAUAUAAGUGUACAUAUGCCACACAUCUAAAUACUUUAGGUGUGAGGUUGGUUCUGAGUUCUAACCCUAGAAUAUGGGACUCUAGGAAUCAAUAGAACUUUUUUUGUCCAAAAUCCUUGAUGGUCAUCUAUUAAUUAGGUGGGUGGCCAUGAGUAUUGCUUCCCCCCUCAAGUAUUUUGAGACAUUCCCUUGGAUAAGAAGUGCUCUAAUUACUUCUAAUAGGUGUUGUUUUUUCUCUCUACAAUCUUAUUUUGUUGGAUAGUGUUCACACAAGAUGUCUUAUAAAUCACUCCAUUUGUAAGAAAAAAUUAGACUAAAUCCUCAUUAAUAUAGUCCUUUAUAUUUUCAAUUCUAAAACAUUUAAUGGUGAUACUAAAUUGUUGUUUCACCAUUCAGAAGAAAUUUUUUAAUUUUUCAGUCACUUCAAAUUUGUGACUUAUCAAUCAUACCUACGUCAUACGAGUGCAACCAUCAAUAAAGGUGAUGAACCAACUAUGACCAUAUAUGGUUGACAUUGGUGUUUGCCCCACACAUUGCUAUGAAUCAAGUCAAAAGGUUUAAGAGAUCUUGAGUUAGAUGGUGAAUAAAUAGAUUGUUUAUGCUUGACUAGUUGACAUACCUCACAUAAGAAACUAUUGUCAUCAAAUUCCUUACACAAUUGUGGAAAUAAAUGUUUAAUAGUUAAGAGAGAAGGAUGUCCUAGGUGACAAUGAAUCAACAUAAGUGGUUCAAUCAACUCGUGGCUCACCCUUGAUGCCACUUUUGGUGUUGUCACCAUCACUUGUGCCAUUUGUGAAUGUGUCCUUUGUGUUCCGUUGAUGCCUCCUAUGUAAUAUAGACCUCCCCUCCUCAACAAGUCUUGUCCUCCAUCCCAUGUCCAUAUCAUAUAAGACAGCCAUUAAGAGUAAUUAGAAGGUCAUGAGUGAUGGAUUAUCUAAGUCUACUAAGGGAGAUUAGGUUUGUUUAUAAUAGAGGCACAUGAAGAACAUGGUGUAUUUUUCCUAUUCUUGGAAGUUCUAUGGAACCUAUACCAACUAUCGUUAUAAGUUUUUCAUCUGUGGCCAAAACUUGUCUACCCUUAAAACAUGGUCCAUAGGUUUGAAUUUUUUUUUUGAGUGGAGACAUAUGAUAUGUGGCCCUUGAGUCGAGAAUGCAUGUACCUUUAUCUCUUAGAUACAAGCUUGUAUGAUGGGGAGAACGAAAACUCAAUGAGAAGGAAGUAUAAGAGAUUGGAAAAUUACCCAAAGAGGUUGCUAAUGGUGUUAUGGUACUUGAGGUGAUGAGUUGCCACAACUUCUCGAUCUCCUCCUUGAGUCUAUUAAUUUUCCCAUCCGUAGAAUUUUUUGGUUAAGGGAUAGAUGUUAAGUUCACCUCUCCCUUAGUGGAGCUUGUAUAGCCAAUUUCUUGCCCAUGUGUAGGAGAAGGGGAUACACCCAUGUACCCCUAUCCUUCUCUUGGAGGCUUACAAUGUAAUUUCCAGUAAUUGUCACAAGUAUGUUUCUUUUUUUGGCAGAAUGAGAACCAUAGAUUUGCCUUUGGAUCUAUCACUUGCUCUGGGUUUUGGCCUUAUUUUCCUUUGUUGGAAUGUGAAGAGUUUACCUCGCUCUUCCCUUCCUAGUCACGACUAGUGUUGGCUGAUGCUCUUGCUAUGUUCUCUACUACCAAUACUGAGUUAUCAGCUUGCUGAUUUUCAUUCAAUAGUGUCAGCCUAUUCUCUUCCCUCCUAAUAAUUCUCACAGCUUCCUCAAAUGAAAUAUUCUUUCCCUAUUUAACAAUUGACCAGCCAAUUGUACAAAGGGUGAAUUUAAGCCAGAUAAGAACCGAUACAAGCGAUCCUUCAGGAUGUAAGUUUGUUCAACAAAAUCUGGAUUGGUGGUCAGUCUAUAAUGAUCGACCUUCAUCCUAAUAGUUUUUAGUUCGGCUGCAUACUCCAUCACCAUUCUAUUCCCCUGAGUAAGGUUCAUAACUUUGGUGGUUAGGCAUGAGAUUUCUCCCUUAUCAUUCUGCUUCGUGUGUAUAUGGUAAGCUUUCUCCCACAUCUUUUGUUGUCAAAAUCUGAAAGAAGUGGUCAUUGAUAGAUGGUGCCAUGUUUUCUAACUACCACACUCUAAUGAUGUGACAUGAUUCAGUCGUUGUAUAUUAAAUCACGCAAAUCUAAAAUUUAUAAAACUAGAAAAUAUGAAUUUUCAAAUAUUUAGAAGUAUUUCUAAAUAAAUAUAUCAAUUAUAAUUCAAUAAAACUUCCAAAAAUAGCGAUAAUUUUCCAGGUCGAUCACAAAGAUGUAAUAUAAUAUCUGGUAAUUACUCAGAAUUUUUCUCAAUGAAUACGAUUUUCUAUGAAUUUUACACUAGGAAAUAAAAAGGAAAUAUAUUUAAAAUUCACAAAAAAGGGAAAUAAGGGUGCAGUCGUCAGGAUGAUGUCAGCACUCGACGAAUGCGAAUCGGCUGGAAAUAGAGUUCCGCCUGGUGAUUCUUACGUAAGCGAUUAUAGAUAAUUUAAUUGAUCAAAUUAAGAUCUAUGAAAGCCGGAAGAAUCGUAAUAGAACAAAGUAUAUUUUAGUAAAUUAGAAACAUAAAAAUUAUCACUAAAUGAAGUGUAAAGUAAAUUGAAAGCAGGAAAACAAAGUUCCAGCAUCGCGACGGUGAUGCAUCGGCAAUGCAUCGGAAUCUUGAGUAUUCAGGAGGAUCGUCGUGUAGUGUCUACAACCUCGAAGGCUCUCCUUGGACAAAGACGACGUGGGCAAUCUCUAGAUCUUCUCGCAAAGUCUAGAGAUUAAUGAAAUAGGUCGUCAAGUCGUCUCCUACGGCUGUCACCCGGUGGAGCGGAAAAAUGACGGUGGGGCGCGUGUCAGGGAGCUUCAUCCUCAAGUCUGUGUAGUAAGAGGAGGCUCUUUAUCGCAUCCGGUACGCUCUCAGGAGGUGGCAACUCGUCUCCUGACGGAUCUCCUCUUCCCGACGACAGCUUGUUCGUCAAUCAAUCGGAGAUGAUUUACUUGAUGGAUUUGCAAUCCUUUUAUCGUGAAUCGUUCAGCAAUUUUAGUAGCAAUGCUCCGUGAAUUGUGUUGAUGAGAUUUUUGCCGAUGAUCUAGUGAUUCUCGUUGCUUAAUUCUUCACCGGCGAUCUGCAAGAAAGUCGUGAUAAUCAGAUAAAAAUAUAUGAAUUUUGACUUUGGGAGGAUUCAAACCCAUGCCGGUCGCCUGCCUCUGAGGAAGGUGUGACGUGGGUUUAGUCCCACAUCGGUUGUGCGCCGAUUUUUCAGGCGAAUAUAUAGUAAUGUUAGCUUUCUAAUCAAAGUCCCUUUUCUCGUGUGUGCGACCACUCCUUGCCCCACAGCCGGCUGGCCACUGGUGACGUGGGAGGGGAGUGGCGCACACAUGCCCCUAUUGGUCCAAGCUAAGUUGCUUGAGCUCCUACUCACGGCUAAUCCCCGACUGAGCUUCCAACCCACUUGCGGGCCCGGCUGGCUGGCGGAUCCCCCCUUUUUGCAAUAUUUUUAUUUUUAUUUCUUGUUCUUCAUUUAUCUCAAAAGUAAGAUUGUAAAAAUCGUAUAAAAUCACAUAAUUACCCAAAAAUUCACGUUAAUCAACUGAAAACCACAAAUCAUACUUUAACACAAAUAUAGGUCUAUUUAUCAUGAGUUAAGGCUAAAACUAUAUUAUUUACUAAUUAUUAACUCAUGAUAAUGAAGACUUAUCAUGAUGGCAUCUACCUCUUACAUAUAAUGUGUUGUGGAUCUAUUGGGCUAUCAUGAUUACCACUCUUGAGGUGGAUUAAUUUACUCCCGCCAAGUAAAAUCAUUUCCACAUAUUCUUCCCAUUGUAAUAGGUUGAAUUCAUUGAACCUAUAUUUGUCAAGAUUUUUUGGGAGUUCGAAUCACCUAGGGUACUCCUCUGGUACAUGACAUGACUCAGUCAUUGUAUAUUAAAUCACGCAAAUAUAAAAAUUAUAAAACUAGAAAAUACAAAUUUUUAGAUAUUUAGAAGUAUUUCUAAAUAAAUAUAUCGAUUAUAAUUCAAUAAAACUUUCAAAAAUAGUGGUAAUUUUCUAGGUCAAUCACACAAAUGUAAUAUAAUAUCUGGUAAUUAUUCAUAAUUUUUCUCAAUGAAUAUGAUUUUCUAUGAAUUUUAUACUAGGAAAUAAAAAGGAAAUAUAUUUAAAAUUCACGAAAAAGGGAAAUAAGGGUGCGGAUGUCGGGAUGAUGUUAGCACCCGGCGAACGUGAAUCAGGCGGAAAUAGAGUUCCACCCGACGAUUCUUGCAUAAAUGAUUACAGGUGAUUUAAUUAAUCAAAUUAAGAUUUGUAAAAGUUGGAAGAAUCGUAAUUGAACAAAGUAUAUUUUGGUAACUUAAAAACACAAAAGUUAUCAGUAAAUGAAGGGUAAAGUAAAUUGAAAGUAGGAAAAUAGAGUUCCGGCGUCGUGCCGACGAUGCAUCAGCGAUGCACCAAAAUUUUGAGCGUUUAGGAGGAUCGUUGUGUAGUGUCUGCAGCCUUGAAGGCUCUCCUUGGACAAAGACAACGUGGGCAAUCUCUAGAUCAAUGAAGUGGGUCUUCGAGUUGUCUCCGGUGGCUGUCACCUGGCGGAGCGAAAAACUGACGACUUUGCGGCUCUUUGGUGGCUGUCACCCGAUGGAGAGGAGUUGGAUGGAGGUGGAGUGUGUGUUAGGGAGCUUCAUCCUCAGGUCCGCGUAGCAAGAGGAGGCUCUUCAUUGCAUCCGGUACGGUCUCAGGAGGUGGCAACUCAUCUUUCGGCGGAUCGUCCUCUUCUCGACGAUGGCUUGUUCAUCGAUCAAUCGAAGAUGAUUUACUCGAUGGAUUUGUGAUCCUUUUAUCGCGAAUUGUUCAGCAAUUUUAGUAGCAAUACUCCGCAAAUCGAGUUGAUGAGAUUUUUGCUGAUGAUCUAGUGAUUCUCGUUGCUUAAUCCUUCACUGGCGAUCUGCAGGAAAGUUGCGAUAAUCAGAUAAAAAUAUAUGAAUUUUGACUCUGGGAGGAUUUGAACCCAUGCGGGUCGCCCGCCUCUGAGGAAGUGUGACGUGGGUUUAGUCCCACAUCGAUUGUGCGCCGAUUUUUCGGGCAAAUAUAUAGUAAUGUUAGCUUUGCAAGCAAAGUCCCUUCUCUCGUGUGUACGACCACUCCUUGCCCCAUAGCCGGCUGGCCACUGGUGACGUGGAAGGAGAGUGGUGCACACGUGCCCCUAUUGGUCUAAGCUAAGUCGCUUGAGCUCCUACUCGUGGCUACUCCUCGACUGCACUUCCGACCCACUUGCAGGCCCGACUGGCUUGUGGGUCCCCCCUUUUUGUAAUAUUUUUAUUUUUAUUUCUUGUUCUUAAUUUAUCUCAAAAGUAAGACUGUAAAAAUCGUAUAAAAUCACAUAAUUACCCAAAAAUUCACGUUAAUCAACUGAAAACCACAAAUCAUACUUUAACACAAAUAUAAGUCUAUUUAUCAUGAGUUAUGGCUAAAACUAUAUUAUUUGCUAAUUAUUAACUCAUGAUAAUGAAGACUUAUCACACCCCCCAACUUAAAUUAUUGCUAGUCCCUUAGCAAUAGAAUUACGAAAAUAAAAUUUUACGAAUCUGAAACAUCAUAUUUUAAUACAGAAAAAAAAUACAAUUAGAAAUGAUGGACCUUUAGACACUUUGGAUUCUUAUAUCAAGUAUUUAAGAAUGAUGUCAAGUACUUAAAUGUUUAAACACUCUUUGGAAUAACAAUCUAGACUCCACUUCUCCUAUUCACAUCUUUAUCACGUCUUCACUCAUAGAUGUAUUUACAAGAUGUUCUAAUUAUCAAUACUCAUCUAAGAAUAAUAUUGAUCCUACAUUUCCCUUUUUCUAUGACUUGAUUUUUGAAGUUUUCACUAUAUUUCUUCCUUCAUUUUAUAUAUAUAUAUAUGUAUAUAUAGUGGAUAAGUAGCUUUUCCUGUAGACAAAUUUCGACAAUAAGAAUGAUGUCUCUCACCCUCCAUGUGUACUCUUCAUUUUCAGGGCUUUCACUUUAUCUACUUAUUUUGCAGCAAGUGUUUUUCUAUACAUGAUUUUCGACAAUGAGAAUGAUGUCUCACACCCUCCAUGUGUACUCUUCAUUUUCAGGGCUUUCACUUUAUCUACUUAUUUUGCAGCAAGUGUUUUUCUAUACAUGAUUUUCGACAAUGAGAAUGAUGUCUCACACCCUCCAUGUGUACUUUUUGUUUCUAGAUUUUUCACAUUACUCUCUCUUUUUUUUCUUUUCUUUUUUUUCGAAAUAAGUGAUUUCUCUUCACAAGUCUUAUAGAUCAGGGUACAAAAAUCUUCAUUAAACUCAAAUGAUCAAUCAAAUUUUUACAUCAAGUAAAUACUAUCCAUCAAGAUCAUGAAGUGAAAAUCUGUAAAAUCAAAUCCAUGUUAUUGAUCAUGUAUCCAAGAAGUAUUCCAACAUUUCAUGCUACUAGAUCAUUCUUUUGACUCAAUAAUAAUCUUCCUAAUAUCUUUUGAUAUCAAUCAAUCUAGUUGAUUUAAUUUUUCAUGCAUGUAAUAUGAUGUAAGAAAUCUGUAAAUUAGAUAGUUUUGACAGUUCUAUUUUUUGUUUUCAGUUCUAUUUUUAGAACAAUAAAUUUGUCAAAAAUAAAUCAAAACUAUCCUCUUUAUAGUUGUAAUUUGGAAUUUCAGUAAUAUAUAUCUAGAGGAUUGAAAUGUGAGAAAAGGGUCUCUAGAAUUUCAAAUUUCGGGCUAUUUUUUUGUCUGCUGUUUUUGACAGUUUGCUGUUCCUAACAGAAAACCAGAAAAUAGAUGUUGCAGUUUUUCUGAAUUUUAUUUUAUUUUUACUUUUUUUAGUUGCUGUUCUAAGUUUAAUAAAAUGCAAACAUAUGUUCUUAGUUUUUUGACAACAUAAAUUAAUAAUGAGUACUUCCCCCGCCAACUUAAAAAUGACAUUGUCCUCAAUGACACGGAAAAAUCGAAAUAGAAUAUGUAGAAAAUAUAAUUUUCAAGUGAAACAUGUAUAUGUGCAAAGUUAAGCAUUAAAAAUAUUUUCAUAAAUCAUAAAGCUCAGAAAGACUCACCUCAACCUCAUUUUUAAUUUUUCACUUCAUCUUACACACCUCCUUCUACACCUUUUCGAAAAAUAAAAAUAAAAAUACAAAAAAAAGUAUUGUAAAAUUCUAAGAAAAAUAGAGCUUAAAAAAAAUCAAGCAGAAUAAAAUAAAAACCAUGGGUUGCCUCCCACGCAGCGGUGCAUUUAAUGUCUCCAACUGGACAGCUCUUAGAUCAUAUAAGAUGAUCUAUGGCCAUCAAAAUAUAUUUGUAUCCCAAGGUAAGUUCUAUAAUAUUCUUUUUCAGAUUUAGCAUAAAUUCAUAUAAUUCAUAUAUAUACCUUAACAUAUUUUCAGCCAAAAAAAAAUAGAAAUUAACAAAAAUUUCUCAAAAAUAAUAUUUCCAUUUUGAAAAGAAUCUUUCCUCAUUUCUAUCUUGUUUUGUAAGGCUCUCAUUUAUUAAUAAAUACUUUCUAUUAAUAGACCAUAAAAUGUGAUAAGGUCAUAUAAUUUUCAAAUUAGCUCUUGCCCAAUCUAAAUUUUUUUCAUCUAAAUUGAUAUCUCUAAUUCUUCCACUCACCUAUUUCUUAAUCUAUUCUUUUAUCUACAUAAUCUUCCUCUACUCUAUUUUAUCUUCCAUACAUAUUUGUUCAAUUUGCAAGGAGUGAAAUAUUUCAAGUUUAGAAAUAAUUCUAAUGGGCUAUGGGUUUUGAAGGAUGGAAGGAUUGUCUUUUUUAAUCUCAGAUCUAAUAAAUUUAGUAAAAUUUAAAUUUUCUCCUGCAAAAUUAUCUCUAUAUUCAUAUCCAUUAUUUUUGUUUCUCUCCAUUAGUUGAAUCAACUCUUUUUCUAGCUUUUCAUUUCUCAACUCAUCAAAUUCUUCAUCUUCCCAAGAGCUAUCUUUUAAUUUCGGUAUAUGAUAUACAUCAUCAUCAUCACAAUCAACAUCGAUGGCUGUAAAAUUAUGAUUAGAUUCAUUAAUUUCGUCUCCUACGUCUCCCAAAUCAACUAAUUUUUCCUCACCUGAAAUAUGUUUUUCUUCAUUUCUGUCCUUACUCCCUUCUACUAAAAUUUGGAUGAUUUUUCCAUGAUCAGCUGCUAUUUCUUCAUCUAAGGGCUCUUUCUCCUCAUCAUCCUCACUAUAUUCAUUCAUCAAUUGUGAGCAAUAAAUGAUUUUAUUCAAAUUUUCUGCUACUAUAUUUUCAGCCUUAAUAUUAUCAUUUACUUCUAAUGGAUCAUCAAUUUCUUGUAAUAAUUGGAAAUAAGGAUUAGGUAAAAUAUUCUCACUCAAUGUAUUCACUGUCCAAACAUUUUCAUUUUGUGGGUUUUUUUCUAAAUUUAUCUAGUUAGACUCUCCUUGCUGAAAUCCUACUAUUGGAUAGUUUCCUAAAUUUUCUAUGGGUUGACUAGGUGGCUGUCCCUCUUCUCUCUUAUUCUCAAGAGCCUCUAUAAUUUGUUUUUGGUGCAGCAUCAUUUGAUUCAUCGUUUGUUGCAUCAUUUGGCUCAUUUGUUACAUCAUUUCUAUAAUAUGAUGUUGGGUUUGAGAGGGCUGAUUUUUCUAAAAUCUACUUUCUUAUUUUAGACGAAAUUCAGAGUUUGAAUUGGAUCUAACUGCUUCUAGAUUUUGAAUAUUAUUUGGGUUUUUCUACGAAAAAUUAUUCUCAUAAUUAGGAUUAUAAGAAUUAGCAAAAUAUUCCCUAGUUUUACUAAAAUCGUGGGCUACCUACACUUGUUCUUGCCUAUGAUGAUAUUGAAAUUCGAAACGAUCAUUUUCAUCAUACAUAGGACCUAUACUAUUUGAAUUAAGUUGAGGGUUAAGAGGCUUUCUAAUAUUGUCAAUAAGUAAAUCAAUUUUUUUUAAUCUUUGAUUAAUCUAAUUAAUCUCAUUUCUAAGUUUAGAAUCAUCAUCAUGAUGCAAUUCAUAAAUUCCUCUCUUCUUAUUCUUGACAUAUAAUUCAAAAGAGGCUUGAUCUCUAGAAUUUUCACUUAAAUUCUCAUAAAGGUUGUAAAUCUCAUCAAGAGUUUUCUCCAUAAAAGCUCCUCCACAUAUAGAAUCAACCAUAUUUCUAUGUUGUUGUAAUAAUCCAUCAUAAAAAAUUCUAUUGAGCUGCCACUUGGGUAUAGCAUGAUGAGGACAAUUUCUAAGUAAAUCAUUGAAUUUUUCCCAUGUCGCAUGCAAAGUUUCUUCUGGUCUUUGAGGAAAACUACAUAUAUCUUUUCUCAUAUUUUGAGUUUUUCUUAAGGGAUAAAAUUUUCGAAGAAAAGUCUAUUCUAGAUCUUUCCAGCUAGUUAAUUCUCUAUCUAAUGUGGAUAGCCAAUGGCUAACUUUCUCUCUAUGUAUGAGGAAAUAAUUUCAUCUUAAUAAUUUUCAAUGUAAAUUGAAGGAGAUUAACUUAAUCAUAGACCAUAUGAAAUUUUUCUAAGUGCUGAUGAGGUUCCUCUAAAGGCAAUCUAUGAAAAUUAGGGAGCAUUUGAAAAAUUUCUCGAUAUAUUUCGAAUUUAACAAUGGGUGCUAAUGGGACUCUAAUAUUUGAUGCUCUUUGAAAUGAAUCAGGGAUAUAAUGAUUUUUCAUGGCCAUAGGAUUGUUCUCAGUUUGACCUGUACUUCCUUUAAGAUCCAUCAAAAUUAGUUUUUCUUUCGGAUUUUUAUUUUUGAAUGAAAUAAUGAAAGGAUUUUCUAGCCUUGAAUGCAAGGAUCUUCUACCAUGCAUAAAAACUAAUAAUUCGAGGGAAAAAUUUAGUAACUAUUACCCUCCUUCAGGAUGCUCCAGUCCUUGCCUUGCUUCUUUUCGUUCCCUUUUUCUAAUAAAAAAUCAGUAAAAAAAAUAAAACAAGAGUUUAAUUUUUUUUGUGUACUUUAAGAGAAAAAUAGAAAAAUAUUAAAUAUUAUGCAAUACAUCCUCGGUAAUGGCACCAAAAUUUGAUGUGACUUAGUCAUUGUAUAUUAAAUCAUGCAAAUAUAAAAUUUAUAAAACUAGAAAAUAUGAAUUUUUAGAUAUUUAGAAGUAUUUCUGAAUAAAUAUAUCAAUUAUAAUUCCAUAAAACUUCCAAAAAUAGCAAUAAUUUUUCAAGUCGAUCAUAGGGAUGUAAUAUCUAGUAAUUAUUUUGAAUUUUCCUCAAAGAAUACUAUUUUCUAUGAAUUUUAUAUUCAAAAAUGAAAAGGAAAUAUAUUUUAAAUUCACAAAAGAAAGGAAAUAAGGGUGCAGACGUUAGCUCCCGAUGAACGUGAAUCGGGUUGAAAAAGAGUUCCGCUUGGUGAUUCUUACGUAAGUGAUUAUAGACGAUUUAAUUAAUCAAAUUAAGAUCUAUGAAAGCCAGAAGAAUCGUAAUAGAACAAAGUAUAUUUUGGUAAAUUAAAAUCACAAAAUCUAUCACUAAAUAAAGCGUAAAGUAAGUUGAAAAUAGGAAAAUAGAGUUCUUACAUCGUGACGGCAAUGUGUCGGCGAUGCACUAGAAUCCUAGGCAUUCGCAAGGAUCGUCGUGUAGUGUCCACAGCCUAGAAGGCUCUCCUUGGACAAAGACGAUAUGGGCAAUCUCUAGAUCUCCUUGCAAAGUCUAGAGAUUAAUGAAAUGGGUUGUCGAAACGUCUCCGGCAGCUGUCACCUGGUGGAGCAGAAAAAUGGCGACUUUGCGGCUCUUAGGCAGCUGUCACCCGACGGAGAGGAGUUGAAUGGAGGUGGGGCGCAUGUCAGGGAGCUUCAUCCUCAGGUCCGCGUAGCAAGAGGAGGCUCUUCAUUGCAUUUAGUAGGCUCUCAAGAGGUGGCGACUCGUCUCUCGGCGGAUCAUCCUCUUCCCGACGACGGCUUGUUCAUCAAUCAAUCAGAGAUGAUUUACUCGAUGGAUUUGCGAUCCUUUUAUCGUGAAUCCUUCAGCAAUUUUAGUAGCAAUGCUCCGCAAAUCACAUUGACGAGAUUUUUGCCAAUGAUCCAGCAAUUCUCGUUGCUUCAUCCUUCACUGCGAUCUGCAGGAAAGUCACGAUAAUCAGAUAUGAAUUUUGACUUUGGGAGGAUUCGAACCUGCGUUGGUCGCCCUACCUCUUCUGAGGAAGUGUGACACAGGUUUAGUCCCACAUCAGUUGUGCGCUGAUUUUUAAGACGAAUAUAUAGUAAUGUUAGCUUUAUAAGUAAAGUCACUUCUCUUGUGUGUACGACCACUCCUUGCCCCACAAUCGGCUGGCCAUCGGUGAUAUGGAAGGGGAGUGGUGCACACGUGUGCCCCUAUCGGUUCAAGCCGCUUGAGCCUCUACUCGCGGCAACUCUCCGACUGAGCUUUUGACCUGCUUGUAGGCCUAGCUGGCUGGCGGGUCCCCCCAUUUUGUAAUAUUUUUCUUUCUUUUUCUUGUUCUUCAUUUAUAUCAAAAGUAAGACUAUAAAAAUUGUAUAAAAUCACAUAAUUACACAAAAAUUCACGUUAAUCAAUUGAAAACCACUUUUCACACUUUGACACGAAUAUAAGUCUAUUUAUCAUGAGUUAAGGUGAAAAUUAUGUUAUUUACUAAUUAUUAACUCAUGAUAAUAAAGACUUAUUUACGUGACUUAGUCGUUGUAUAUUAAAUCACGCAAAUCUUAAAUUUAUAAAAUGAGAAAAUACGAAUUAUUAGAUAUUUAGAAGUAUUUUUAAAUAAAUAUAUCAAUUAUAAUUCAAUAAAACUUUCAAAAAUACCUGUAAUUUUCCAGGUUGAUUACAGGGAUGUAAUAUAAUAUCUGGUAAUUAUUCAGAAUUUUUCCCAAUGAAUACGAUUUUCUAUAAAUUUUAUACUAGGAAAUAAAAAGGAAAUAUAUUUAAAAUUCACGAAAAAGGAAAAGAAGUGUGCAGACGUCAAGAUGAUGUUAGCGCCCGGCGAACGCAAAUCGAGCAGAAAUAGAGUUCUGCCUAACAAUUCUUACGUAAGUGAUUACAGAUGAUUUAAUUGAUCAAAUUAAGAUCUGUAAAAGCCAGAAGAAUCGUAAUAGAACAAAGUAUAUUUUGGUAAAUUAAAAUCACAAAAACUAUCACUAACUAAAGCGUAAAGUAAGUCAAAAGUAGGAAAAUAGAGUUUCGGCAUCACGACGGUGAUGCAUCAACGAUGCACCAGAAUCCUAAGCGUUCGAGAGGAUCGUCGUGUAGUGUCCACGGUCUUGAAAGCUCUCCUUGGACAAAGACGACGUAGGCAACCUCUAGAUCUUCUCGUGAAGUCUAGAGAUUAAUGAAAUGGGUCGUCGAGUCGUCUUUGGUGGCUGUCACUUGGCAGAGUAGAAAAAUGGCAACUUUGUAGCUCUCUGGCGGCUAUCACCCGACGGAGAGGAGCUAGAUGGAGGUGGUGCCUAUGUCAGGGAGCUUCAUCCUCAAGUCCACGUAGCAAGAGGGGGCUCUUCAUCACAUCUGGUAUGCUCUCAAGAGGUGGCGACUCGUUUCUUGGCGGAUUGUCCUCUUCCCAAUGACGGCUUGUUCGUUGAUCAAUCAGAGAUGAUUUACUUGAUGGAUUUGUGAUCCUUUUAUUGCGAAUCCUUCAGCAAUUUUAGUAGCAAUGCUCCGUGAAUUGUAUUGACGAGAUUUUCACCGAUGAUGCAGCGAUUCUCAUUGCUUAAUCCUUCACCGGUGAUCUGCAAGAAAGUCGCGAUAAUCAGAUAUGAAUUUUGACUCUGGGAGGAUUCGAACCCAUGCCGGUCGCCCUACCUCUUCUGAGGAAGGUGUGACACGGGUUUAGUCCCACAUCAGUUGUGCGCUGAUUUUUCAAGCGAAUAUACAGUAAUGUUAGCUUUGCAAGCAAAGUCACUUCUCUCACGUGUACGACCACUCCUUACCCCACAGCUAGCUGGCCACCAGUGACGUGGAAGGGGAGUGGCGCACACGUGCCCCUAUCGAUCCAAGCUAAGCCGCUCGAGCCCCUGCUCGCAGUUACUUCCUGA